AUUAACAAGCGGCAGUGACGUCACCCCUGCAGCACCGGACAGGGCUGAGUCCUUCCAGGAACAAACCGACCCGACUGACACGCACAUCACUUCAACUGCAGAGCAGCGCAACAUUACAGCUUUCCAGAGUCAUUUAUCUCUGUAACUUUUGACAGCGCGAUCUGGAGUAAAAAUGGGAAACGUGCAGCCCACCAUUGUCCCAUAUGAGGAGUUUGAUGUCACUGCUGAUAUCAAGGCUAUCAGAAAAGCAUGUAAAGGUCUAGGGACAGAUGAAGAAGUCAUUGUUCAGGUCCUGGCCAAUCGCUCUGCAGCUCAGCGUGUGGAGAUCAAGAAGGCCUACUUUGAGAAGUAUGAUGACGAGUUGGAGGAAGUCUUACAGAAGGAGCUGACAGGUAGUUUUGAGAAAGCCACCAUAGCCAUGUUGGAGCCUCCUAAUGUAUACUUCGCCAAGGAGCUGAGGAAGGCCAUGAAGGGGGCGGGAACAGAUGAAGACGUGCUCGUAGAGAUCCUAUGCACGGCCACCAAUGAGGACAUCAGGAGCUACAAGGAGACUUACGCCCAUGUGCAUGAGCGUGAACUAGAUGCAGACAUUGAAGAUGACACCAGUGGAGACGUGAGGAACCUGCUGACGUCACUGCUUCAGGCGAGUAGAGACGAGGGCUACGAGGUGGAUGAGGAUUUAGCCGAACAGGAUGCCACAUCUUUGGUGGAGGCAGGAGAAGGUAGAUUUGGCACAGAUGAGUCCACCUUCACCUUCAUCCUGACACACAGGAACUACAUGCAGCUUCAGGCCACCUUUAAGAUCUAUGAGUCGCUUUCAGGGACAGACAUUUUGGACACCAUUAACUCUGAAGCAACAGGAACUCUCAAAGACUGCUACAUUACCCUAGUCAGGUGUGCUAAGAACCCGCAACUGUAUUUUGCCCGACGUCUUAACGCCGCCAUGAAGGGGAUGGGCACUGAUGAGGACACGCUCAUUCGCAUCAUUGUAGGCCGCCCACAGAUCGACCUGGAGACAGUGAAGGACAUGUACCUGGAGAAAUACGACGUAACCCUGAAAGACGCUCUGGAUUCAGAGUGCGGUGGAGACUUUAAACGCCUCCUGAUUGAAAUCCUGCACUAAAACGUCUUCUCUUCUUCUUACAGGCCUGAAACAAAAUAUGUAAUAACUAAACAAAAUCUAAUUCAUGUUCACUUUACUGUGCAGAAAUGAAUUAUCUGCUGCAAUCUGAACACAAUAUAUAAAAACUAAUUAUACAAAUAUUUAAAUAUGUUAAAGAAUUUGCAGUGGUUAAAGCAACAUGUGGAAAUUGCAUUUUUUUAAAUGAAAAUGUAAUUAUUAAUUAAAAAUGAUUAUGUAAUAACCAACCAAAAUGGAUGUCUUCAUUCAUAUAACAUUUUACAAAAUCAUAACAACAAUGUCCAUUUUAUGCAUUGAACUGGAAUCAAAGCAAUGGUCCUUGAGACAUGUGCCCCGACGAAUACAGUCAUUUUGGUCUGUUAUUACAUUAGCCACUUAUUAUUACAUGUUCUUUAAAACAAAAUAAACUCCUGCUUUUUGUAGUAACCAGUUCAAUAUUUAUUAAGUUAUUACACAAUGUGUGGAAACGUCUAACAUACAAGCUCUUUAUUAAAAUCUGCAGCAGAUUAUUUAAAAAAUAUGGAUGUUACUACCCAAUCAAUAUAACAUGUGUUACCUUUUGUGGAGUUAUUACAUAAUGUGUUGUUACAAUGCCUUAUUUAACCAAUGUGAGCAAACGUCUCCCCGCUCAUUCUUCUCCCUCCUCUUUAACUCAUUUACUUUGUGGACCUCUUUCUGAAAGUCAGUUCUCAUAGCAGCAUGGACCAAAAAACCCAUUUCACAAUAUUUUACACAUGGUAAAGUUACAUUCAUAGCCUUUAAAGAACAUUAGAAUCUUACUGUCAAGGUGCAUUUCUGACAAUAUUACGACAGUGUUGUGGAAUUUGUUAAUGUAUUUAUCUAAAUAAAUAGUAAGUCACACUCUAUAGCUUUAAAUAAACGUUUCACAUUUAAGUUGCAGGUCAGCAUUUCAAACAUGUGUUGUCAACAUACACUAUGUGUUCUCUUAUAUGUUUUACCUUAAUUUCUUAUACUGGUAAUAACUCUUUGCCUCAAAGAUGCCUUUCAUAAGACGAUAGCAAUGCAAUUUCAUUUUUGCUGCAACACUUAAGUGCCGAAUUUGAAAAGGUUUAGGAUUUAAUAUACAUAAAUGUGAUGCCCUGAAAUCAUAAGCCUCGACUCUUCAAGUAUGCAGUAUUGGGCUUUUGUAGCUGAGUCCCUGGUUGUUGUGUGGGAUUUUUAACAGUUUGUAGUCUUAUUUUUAAGUCAAAGCUAAAAUGCUGCCUCUCACAUUCACACAUUUUAUAGGAUAGUUUCCUGUUUUCUUUUAGUAUGUUUACAUUUACUACAGUUAUACUCCUACAUAAAACAUGUGUACAGCUUGACUUAAUGUGCUUCAAAGAGUGAUCGAUGCUGUUAAAAAUAUUCACACAUAGGCUCUAACCUCAUAGUACACUCGCUUAUAAUGGACCGCCUACAUGUGUGGAAUUGUAUGUCAACACAUUAUAUUCAAAACCAACUAUACUAUAGUACAACAAAUGAAUAUCAUAAAUUGUUGUAUUGCCAUAAAGUAAAUGAAGACACUAACUUAUAUGAAAGAGGUUGUUAUUAACCGGUUGUAAUGGCGUUAAUAUGCAGUGAUAAUAAAAUGUUAAACUUCAUCCAAAAUGUGUUAUUCGCUUCAUAUCCUAUAGAGGGCAGUAUUAUACCAUAAUAUGGCGCAUUUCAGGAAGAAAUGACAUGCAGGUUAAUAAAAUCAUAUCGGAAUCAA